AAAAGCAGCGUCUUGAUCAGUGUGGCGUGGUUCUGUACCUUGGGAGGAGAUGAAUGGGAAGCGGCCAGCGGAGCCUGGCCCAGCCAGGGUGGGAAAAAAGGGAAAGAAGGAGGUGAUGGCGGAGUUUUCGGACGCUGUUACGGAAGAAACCUUGAAAAAGCAGGUGGCUGAGGCCUGGAGCCGCAGGACGCCGUUCAGUCACGAAGUCAUUAUCAUGGACAUGGACCCUUUUCUUCACUGCGUGAUCCCAAACUUCAUCCAAAGCCAAGACUUCUUGGAAGGGCUUCAGAAGGAACUGAUGAACUUGGACUUCCAUGAGAAGUAUAAUGAUUUAUAUAAGUUCCAGCAGUCUGAUGAUUUGAAGAAGAGAAGAGAGCCUCACAUCUCCGCUUUAAGGAAAAUUCUGUUUGAAGAUUUCCGGUCCUGGCUUUCUGAUAUUUCUAAAAUUGACCUGGAAUCAACCACUGACAUGUCCUGUGCUAAAUAUGAAUUCACCGAUGCCCUGCUGUGCCAUGAUGAUGAGCUGGAAGGGCGCCGGAUCGCCUUCAUCCUAUACCUGGUUCCUCCCUGGGACAGGAGCCUGGGUGGCACCCUGGACCUGUACAGCAUUGAUGAACACUUUCAGCCGAAGCAGAUUGUCAAGUCUCUUAUCCCUUCGUGGAACAAACUGGUUUUCUUUGAAGUAUCUCCUGUGUCCUUUCACCAGGUGUCUGAAGUCCUGUCUGAAGAAAAGUCACGUUUGUCUAUAAGUGGCUGGUUUCAUGGUCCAUCGUUGACUAGGCCUCCUAACUACUUUGAACCCCCCAUACCUCGGAGCCCUCAUAUCCCACAAGAUCAUGAGAUUUUGUAUGAUUGGAUCAACCCUACUUAUCUGGACAUGGAUUACCAAGUUCAAAUUCAAGAAGAGUUUGAAGAAAGUUCUGAAAUUCUCCUGAAGGAGUUUCUUAAGCCUGAGAAAUUCGCAAAAGUCUGUGAGGCCUUGGAGCGUGGAGAUGUGGAAUGGAGUAGCCGAGGUCCCCCUAACAAAAGGUUUUAUGAGAAAGCUGAGGAGAGUAAGCUUCCUGAGAUAUUGAAGGAGUGCAUGAAGUUAUUUCGCUCUGAGGCACUAUUCUUGCUGCUCUCCAACUUCACAGGCCUGAAGCUUCAUUUCUUGGCCCCUUCGGAAGAAGAAGAAGAGAUGAAUGACAAAAAAGAGGAAGAAGCCGCUGAUAGCACUGAAGAAGGGACUAGCCAUAGUCCUCCUGAGCCAGAGAAUAAUCAGACAGCCAUCAGCAACAGCAGCCAACAGAACAAUGACCAGACAGACCCAGAACCAGAGGAAAAUGAAACAAAGAAAGAAUCAAGUGUCCCCACAUGCCAAGGGGAACUGAGGCGUUGGAAGACCGGUCACUACACUUUAAUUCAUGACCAUAGCAAGGCUGAAUUUGCCCUAGACUUAAUUCUCUACUGUGGCUGUGAAGGCUGGGAACCAGAAUAUGGUGGUUUUACUUCUUACAUUGCCAAAGGUGAAGAUGAAGAGGUUAGGAUGAGCCACAAAUUCCCAUGCCAGAUCU